GCGCUCAGUGCGGGAUGAGAGCACGGAGAGAAAUGGAUCUUAAAUCUUUUUAUUUACACGCAUUUCUUCACAUCACCUUUUUAGUCAUUUUAUAAUGACAACACGCAUUUCAGCAUUUCACUAUAAGGCGGUGUAGGUGCGCUAUUUCAACAGUGUUUGUUCAGUGGCUGUAAGAUUUACGAUUGGUGUCGGUAAAUGGGAUUUUCUCGAUGUUUGGAAAGACAAGGACAAAUGAAAUCGGACAUAAUCUAAAAACCAGGCGUAAUUGCUUAAUUUCCACAUGACAAUAUUUCACGUUGGUAAGCAAGACCCCUUUUCCUGAAUUGCGUAAGUUAUGUUAAUUUAAAUCACAUUUUAUUUUUCCUAAAGGACUAUUGACAUUGUUUUUAAAAAUUUCAAAUUUCCCUGGAUAUUUUUGACAGUACAGUACUGAGAGAUAAACUAGUGUAGAAAUACACUUAAGUCCUUGAAGCUUGUCAAAAACUUGUCGGUCUUCUCCACUAUGGCUUUGCCGGACAAUACUAGUGGUGUUCCUGUUGAAGAAAUGUCUUAUCCGGAAAUUAUUGAGCUAAACGUUGGUGGCCAGGUGUAUAUAACUCGCUACUCUACAUUAACAAGUGUGCCAGAGUCCCUCCUGUGGAAGAUGUUCAGUCAAAAGAGCACAAAGAGUUUGGCCCGUGACACCAAGGGCCGCUUUUUCGUCGACAGAGAUGGCUUCCUGUUCCGUUACAUUCUGGACUACAUGCGAGAUCAACAGCUCGUCCUUCCCGACCAUUUCCCAGAGCGAGGACGACUGCAGAGAGAGGCAGAGUUCUUUAACCUCCCUGAACUUGUCAAAAUCUUGGCACCAAAGAUCAGUAAACAGAACUCUCUGGGUGACGAAGGUUGCCAGAGUGACCCGGAAGAGUCGUCACCAUGUGCUGACAACGCCCGCAAUCUGGCCUCACUGGGGGCAUCUGCGGCCGCCUGCUCCAGCAUGGCAUCAGUCGGAGGCGAUGGCAAGCGCUCCGGAUUCAUCACAAUUGGCUACCGGGGCUCUUACACGCUUGGUCGCGAUAGUCAAGCGGACGCCAAGUUCCGGCGAGUGGCACGGAUUAUGGUGUGUGGGAAAACCUCCCUUGCUAAGGAGGUUUUUGGCGAAACACUAAACGAGAGCCGUGACCCCGAUCGCCCACCAGAGCGCUACACAUCCCGCUACUACCUAAAGUUUACUUUCUUGGAGCAGGCUUUCGACAGGUUAGCCGAUGCCGGCUUUCAUAUGGUGGCCUGCAACUCCACCGGGACGUGCGCCUUUGCCCAUGAGCAGACUGACGACAAAAUCUGGACCAGCUACACCGAAUAUGUAUUCUACCGUGAGUGACCUCAAACCUGUGCUCCAGUGUCUCCUCCCUGCCUCCCAGACCAGACACCAUCACCUUCAGUAGAUUCAUCUAGAUCACAAUCCCCAACCUCCAUCCAGACUUUUCCUCAACUGAGCCCUUAAUGCUUCCUACCUGCCUCGCUUUCUUUCUAUUGAACAAAUCUCACUUUCCUCUUACCAAAUAUUUGCCUUUCCUCUGAUAGACAUUUAUUCAUAUUGCCUUUUCAGCUUUUGGGAAGCACAGAAUUGUAUUGUUGAUCUUCAUAUACGUUAUCCAGCUAAAAGUUGGAAACAAACUGCUUAAACUAUAGCACAUUAGCCAUUUAAAAGGGCUUGGAAUAGUAAAUACUUUCAUUUUUCUGUCUACCAAAUUGCAGGACAUAUUUUGAGGCUUUUAAGCUGUUGGUCAUCCCUGAUGACAAAUAGAUAUGUAAUAGCUUUUCAUUUUGGAUUAUUAUUUGGUUGUGUAAUCUAUUUAUGGGGCCAAAGAAGUGGUAAAGCACUGGGUUUUAAAAUGGAUCGAAACCUAGUGGGCUUGUGAAACUUAAUGAUCAAGUAAUAGAGUAACUUAAAUUAUCAAUUAAACUUAAUUAUCAAGUUACAUAUAUUACAAUAACUGGUUUAGUUUUCUCAUUGGUUUUGGCAUAAUGUUUAUUGAGUUGGCAAAGAUUUUAAACAAAUAGCAGUUAAUUGCACAGAAUUAAACAAUAUUAAAAUAGCAGAAAUUGCAAAGCUUGUGGUAGAUUGGUGAAUUGGUGUAUAUUGACUGUGUUUUUUUUUUGCUGGUGUUUAUUUUUUGUUUCCAGUCACAAUAUUUUAUUAAAAUGGUCUUAAAGUAUUUACAGUAAGUGUAUCAUUCAUAUGCAUGUUAUUUAAGUGACAUUUUCUGUGAAUGAUGCACAUACUUUUUUAUCAUAAAGAUUAUGUCAUUAUGUCAUUUACUAAAUGUUUUUUCUCCAUACUAUACAAGGCCAUUGUUUGUGUGGCUUUUUGACCGUGGUACUUUACAAAUUUUAGAGCUUUAAAUCAAAUAUUUUUAAAUUCAUUGUGACCUUAGGCUACAGUUGCCAUACACUGUAACACCGGCACAAAAUUAAGAUGUCCUGCAGUAGACUUUAGUAAUGAAGUGUAAAAUAUUAACCACUAAUUCAUUCGUUGUUUCAUUUGUACGAUGGCACAUGUGCAGGCAUCUGUAAAUCAUUUAAUUCCUCUGAGAUCUCAAUUUACCGAUUGUCUUUUGAAGGUCAUGCGUAAGCUUUGUUUAUAGUGAAAUGCUUACCUCAAAGUGUCUUUAUGGAAGCAUGAAUAAAAACAUUGUUUGGUACUUUG